AUCUGGGGCCUGAGGGCGGGGCGGGGAGCAGGCCGGGGUCUGUGGGGAGGGGACACUUCCUGCGGGCGCGCGGAGCGGAGACGGUGACAGCCACGCGCGCACGUGCGCGCCUGGCCGCAGCGCGGCCCCGAGACCUUCACCGGCCGCUGAGAGGCGCGCGGGGGCUGGGCUGCUGCUGUCUAGGGGCCCUGUCCCGAGGCGUCCCCAGCGUCCCGGGCCCGAGUCCCUGAGCGCCGGGCCGAGCCCACCCCGUCGGUCCUGGCUCGUGUUUCGUCCCCGUGGCCGUAAGGGCCCGCCCCCCAACUCCCCUUUACGCACCCGGGGCAGGGUCCUCACGGCCCAUGCUGGCCGCUGGGGGCCCGUGCCGACCAGACAGCUCCCAGGCCGGCCAGUUGGCUACCAUGGUGGCCCUGAGGCCUGUGCGACUCCUCCAGGGGGGCUAACAGGUCCAGAGCGCAGGCCUCGGGGCGCGAGGGUCCCGAGUCUGAGCCCCGCGCCAUGGCCGGGGCCAUCGCCUCCCGUAUGAGCUUCAGCUCGCUCAAGAGGAAGCAGCCCAAGACGUUCACCGUGCGGAUCGUCACCAUGGACGCCGAGAUGGAGUUCAAUUGCGAGAUGAAGUGGAAAGGGAAGGACCUCUUCGACUUGGUAUGCCGGACCCUGGGGCUUCGGGAAACUUGGUUUUUUGGACUGCAGUACACGAUCAAGGACACCGUGGCCUGGCUCAAAAUGGACAAGAAGGUACUGGAUCAUGAUGUUUCAAAGGAAGAGCCAGUCACUUUUCACUUCCUGGCCAAAUUUUAUCCUGAGAAUGCAGAGGAGGAGCUGGUUCAGGAGAUCACGCAGCAUCUCUUCUUCUUGCAGGUAAAGAAGCAGAUUUUAGAUGAAAAGAUCUACUGCCCUCCCGAGGCUUCUGUGCUCCUGGCUUCUUACGCCGUCCAGGCCAAGUACGGUGACUAUGACCCCUCUGUUCAUAAGCGUGGAUUUUUGGCCCAAGAGGAAUUGCUUCCAAAAAGGGUAAUAAAUCUGUAUCAAAUGACUCCAGAAAUGUGGGAGGAGAGAAUUACAGCCUGGUAUGCAGAGCACCGAGGACGAGCCAGGGACGAAGCUGAAAUGGAAUAUUUGAAGAUAGCUCAGGACCUGGAGAUGUACGGUGUGAACUACUUUGCAAUCCGGAAUAAAAAGGGCACCGAGUUGCUGCUUGGAGUGGAUGCUCUGGGGCUUCACAUCUAUGACCCUGAGAACAGGCUGACCCCCAAGAUCUCCUUCCCGUGGAAUGAAAUCCGAAACAUCUCUUACAGCGACAAGGAGUUUACUAUUAAGCCAUUGGAUAAGAAAAUCGAUGUCUUCAAAUUUAACUCCUCAAAGCUUCGUGUUAAUAAGCUGAUUCUCCAGCUCUGUAUCGGGAACCAUGACCUUUUUAUGAGGAGAAGGAAGGCCGAUUCUUUGGAAGUUCAGCAGAUGAAAGCCCAGGCCAGGGAGGAGAAGGCUAGAAAGCAGAUGGAGCGGCAGCGACUUGCUCGAGAGAAGCAGAUGAGGGAGGAGGCAGAGCGCACGAGGGACGAGCUGGAGAGGAGGCUGCUGCAGAUGAAAGAAGAGGCGACAAUGGCCAACGAAGCUCUGAUGCGGUCUGAGGAGACGGCUGACCUGUUGGCAGAAAAGGCCCAAAUCACAGAGGAGGAGGCCAAACUCCUGGCACAGAAGGCUGCAGAGGCUGAACAGGAAAUGCAGCGCAUCAAGGCCACAGCCAUUCGGACAGAGGAGGAGAAGCGCCUGAUGGAGCAGAAGGUGCUAGAGGCCGAGGUGCUGGCUCUGAAGAUGGCCGAGGAGUCAGAGAGGAGGGCUAAGGAGGCUGAUCAGCUGAAGCAGGAUCUGCAGGAAGCCCGCGAGGCAGAGCGAAGAGCCAAGCAGAAGCUCCUGGAAAUCACCACCAAGCCCACAUACCCGCCCAUGAACCCAAUUCCAGCACCACUGCCUCCUGAUAUACCAAGCUUCAACCUCAUUGGUGACAGCCUGUCUUUCGACUUCAAGGAUACUGACAUGAAGCGGCUUUCCAUGGAGAUAGAGAAAGAAAAAGUGGAGUACAUGGAGAAGAGCAAGCAUUUGCAGGAGCAGCUCAAUGAACUCAAGACUGAGAUCGAGGCCCUGAAACUCAAAGAGAGGGAGACAGCCUUGGAUAUUCUGCACAACGAGAACUCCGACCGGGGUGGCACCAGCAGCAAGCACAAUACCAUCAAAAAGCCUCAAGCCCAAGGCAGAAGACCUAUCUGCAUUUGAGCCCUCAAAGUAGGUUAUUCCCAGCUCACCCUGCAGAGCGCCAAGUCCCGAGUGGCCUUCUUUGAAGAGCUCUAGCAGGUUCCCAGCCACCCCAAGAUCUGUCACGUCUGCUGCUCCCGGCGCCAAAGGGAUGGGUCAGACACCGUGGGAGUCCUCGUAGGUGGGCUGGCUUGGAGCUUCUGUGGGAGCUCUGGAACUUUCCCCAGCUGAGUGGAGAGCCCAACCCCCUUCAUGUGCAAUUGCCUUGAACUGUGACCUGCAGAGAGCUCUCUUGUGGGGUUCUAGCUCUUUUUAAAAUUUUUAAAGAAGUAUUUGUCUUUCCUCAUCUGAUGUGGGGUUCCAUACUUCCUUUGUCAAAGGCACCCUGGGGCAUGUGGGUCCUUGUCCAGCGCUGACCUCCCCAACCCAGGGAAGUGGCUUCAGGGAGUGCGGUGCACGGGAGCCCCAGAGACAGGGAGGCUGGUGCCCCUGCCCCCACCCCACCCUGGGUUCCAGAACAUUCAUCUCCACUGGUGAGGAACUGGCAUGGAAAGAAGUGUGGCUUGCCUAGGCCCAGGCCCGGAGCGGCCUGCCUGCCAGCCUGCCUGCUGCAUGCAUGUCACUGGUGAGCUGGCGUGUGGCUCGUGACAGGCCACGCAAUGGGUCUUCAGCCCAGGCACCCCCAAGGCCGCGCUCUGGAUGCCAGCUGGUGGGCAAUGGGGAAGACAGCUGUGACCGGGGGAAGACUUUAGGCUGAGGCUGUGAUGACGGGCCGACUGCCAGCAGAGGGGCAGGGAGGCCAGCAGAGCUGUGUGGGAAUCUGCUCCACAGAACACGUGCUCACGCCUCAGACCAGGGAGGCAGGCAGGAGCUGUGUGUCUUCCUUACCUCCCUUCAGCCUUAGUCUUUCCUGCCUGUGGCGGGCUGGGGAGCUCCCUGGUCACUGGUAGUUAGCCCCUGGUAGCCCAGCCAGGCUCCAUUAGGGCUUCGAGUCCCCCCACGUACUUCUUGCUGAGCCCCACGUCUGUGCGGCUGACCCAGAUCACCUGUCCUGGCCGCGUGCCAGCAAGCCCUUCCUAAGCCCUGAUUGUACGGGGCCUCCUUUUGGUGUUGCCCUUGCAGCCCAGGCAGCCCUUUAUCUUAUAUUCCCCCUUGGGCCGUGCGGGGUCCCAGCGCAAGCCAGGUGCACAAGCCGGGUGUCCCCUCGCUGUUGGUGCUCUGCGUCGGCUGUGCACGGCUCCCUGUUUCUCGGGCAGCAGCGGAUCCCAGAGCCACCCCAGGCACCGUGCUGCUCAGCUCGGGGCCACUUUCUCUUCUCUGGUUUGGUGGUGCUGCUGUGACCCACUGGCCAUUCGGAUCCCUCCAGUGGGGUAUUACACAGAGUAGGAGAUAAGUCCGAACCAGCGAGAAGAGGCUUAUUAAGUGUAGACAUGUGAGUGAGGGUCUGGAGAUUUCCUGGGAGAGGAGGGGUCUAUGAUUGUCCUGUGUGGUUCCGAGAAACAAAGAUCCUGCCUUUACGCAGUCAGGCUGACCUGACGAUGUCCCCUGUUGGCCACCCCCCCCCCCCCCGACACACACACACCUGGGACCCCCUUGCCCUGAGGAAGGCAGCCGUGUGUGUACUCAAGCUUGGGGCGUGCAGGGUGGAACUCCACCUCCAGUGCUAAGUGUGGAUGGCUGUGGCUGACAGGGUUUCCUUGUCCCUCAAAACCCUAUUCCCCCUAGAUGUGGUCCCAGUAAAGCGAGUCCUGAGGCGUUUGUAAUGUAGGGCCUGGCUCUCGUGUUGAGGCUUUGUCUCCCUGGCCUCACCACCCACCCCUGAAUUUCCAUGACGAGUUCCUUUCUUUCCGACCUGCAAAUUGAAUCUGUAACAGUGGCUGUGGGCACAGGAGCAUGGUAGUGGUUUAUAUAAAUGUUGUCAGGCUUUGUUUUUUUUUUUAUUAUUUAACUGCUGUGUGUGUGUUCCAAGUCCGGGAAAUGCCGAGCCAUGUGGCCACAAGGGAGCCAGCUGGCAUCUGAGCUGUGGCAGGAGCACCCUCGGGCCCAAGAGCAGACUGCGGGGCGGGGGGGGGGGGCGCAGCAGAGCCUCACUCAACCAGGAACACUUCAGCUCUCAUUGGAGGCGGGAGCUGGCGUGUACCUCCCAGAGACGGUUGGGCAGAGAGGGUGAUGGCCCUCCGAAAGGCCCUGAGCCACAGCAGAAGGAAAAGGAAUGAAAAGAGGAAUGUGGUUUUCAGGGACUCGUGCCUGUGGCUCAGGUGACUGUGUUCUUUUCAAGUGAACAUUUUGGGGGCAUGGGAGCUUAUUAGGUAGAGGCCUCUGAGCGCCCCCUCAGAGCAGUUUCAUUUGGCCGCUGCUGAUGGUCCUUGCCCCACUGGUGACACUACAUGUGGCUGCGCCGUUGGCCUUUGCUGCUGCGCACAGACCACCUCGUCCGUCCUGACCAGGGCCCCGCGUCAGCCGCAGCAGCGCUCUGACCUGUGGCGUCCACUCAGUUAUUCACGAACCUGCCAGGCCCCGCUAGACAACACCCUGUGCCAUUAUGUAACACUUCUCAAGUGAUGGUGUUUUGUAAUCUUGGGGACAGGCUUCUCUCUCCCUCUCUUCUCUCUGACAAAUCAGAACAGCAAAUCCAGAGGCUGACAGCCAGGACUGGGAUAGAGUGCUGCUCACCGCUAGGGCUGGGGCUACAGGGGCCGCCUCAGUGUGGGGACAGCCCCUCCCAGCUGCCCUGGGGCCAGGCAGGCCCCCCCACCCCCCACCCCCCGUGGGCUUCCAGGGAAGCUCCAUGCCUUUUCAAAGAUGUCAGACCACACUUGUUCCAGUGGGGUCUGAGUCUCGUUUCCUGUCAGGGCCUGACCACGGAAGGCUAUUUUCUAUUCCGGGGGAUUGUUGUAAUUUAAAUGAUUGUUUUAAUAAAAAUUCUAAGCUGUCAAAA